AUUCUCGAGGCAGCAAAAGAUCUGUCCAAGUUACACGUGGUCCCACAUGUCAUGCUACCAUCAUGUCCGUUUAAACUGCGGCCUCUGUAGUCUCCACUCCAAGUCCCAGCACCAGUAGGACAGUAUGGCUUCUUCCUCUCCCACUACGCUGCUCCUCGGCCUCCUCGUCGUCCUCCUAGCGUCCGUGCGCGCCAUCUCAAUCUCGCUCCCGGCGCUGCCGCUCUCAACCUCGUCGCGCUGGGUGGUGGACGCGGACGGGCGGCGCGUGAAGCUGGCUUGCGCGAACUGGGCGUCGCACCUAGAGCCCGUGGCGGCAGAGGGCCUGUCCCGGCGCGGCGUGGGGGACAUCGCGGCGCGCAUCGUGGCGAUGGGGUUCAACUGCGUCAGGCUCACCUGGCCGACCUACCUCGCCACCAACGCCACGCUCUCGUCGCUGCCGCUGCGAUGGUCGCUGGAGAUCCUCGGCUUGCGUGAGUCCGCCGCCGGCGUACGGGUCAACAACCCCGCACUCCUCGACCUGCCCCUCAUCCAUGUGUUCCGGGAAGUGGUGUCAGCUUUGGCCAGCAACAAUAUUAUGGUCAUACUUGAUAACCAAAUAACAACUCCAGGAUGGUGCUGCAGCGGAUCCGAUGGCAAUGCUUUCUUUGGAGACAAAUACUUUAACCCUGGAGAAUGGUUGAAGGGCCUCACUGUAAUGGCAACAAUGUUUAGGAACACAAAGAAUGUUGUGGGCAUGAGCUUGCGGAAUGAGCUCCGUGGCCCCCAUCAAAAUGUUAGCUUGUGGUAUAGGUAUAUGCAACAGGGUGCUGAAGCUGUGCAUGCAGCGAACCCUAAUGUCCUUGUUAUUUUGUCGGGCCUAGAUUAUGACCUCGAUCUGUCAUUUUUGUUCGCAAAGCAAGUUCAGCUGUCGUUUACGGGGAAGUUGGUGUUCGAGCAGCAUUGGUAUAGUUUUUCAGAUGACACCGAUUGGGAACACCGGAAUCAAAAUGAUGCUUGUGGAGUGGCUGUCGAAUCCCUAAGGACCAAAGGACUGUUCCUAGAUCAACAAGGCUGGCCGUUAUUUUUUUCUGAGAUUGGUUUUGACAUGUCCGAAACACAUACUUCUGACAAUCGUUAUCUUACGUGCUUCUUAAGCAUAGCUGCUGACAUGGAUUUGGACUGGGCAGUUUGGGCUCUGCAAGGGAGUUACUAUAUCAGAGAGGGUGUUCUAGCUUACGAUGAAUCAUAUGGAUUGCUAUCAUGGGAUUGGUGCACAGCAAGAAACCCCAGUUUCAUUAAAAGGAUCAAUUCUCUGCAAUCACCAUUUCAAGGUCCUGGUCUACCGAACAGUCAAGAACCGUUCAACGUAAUAUUUCAUCUUCUAACUGGGCUCUGUGUGUUGGUGAAAUCUGGCAAUUCACUCGAGCUGGGUUCAUGUGAUGAAUCAAACGCUUGGAACUACACCUCAACAUCUGAGCUAGUACUGAAGAACACUGGACAAUGCCUUGAGGCGAAGUCUGUGGGUGAUAUUGCAAAGGUUCGGAGUGGUUACGCCAAACCAUGUUCAAAGUGGCAGCUAAUAUCAAAUUCAAGAAUGCAUGUUUCGACUGAACUCCCAAAAAAUGGGACCAGAGUGUGUUUGGAUGCCGGCCCUGAAGGUGUCAUCACAACAAAUGAGUGCAAGUGCCUGACUGAAGAUCCAUCCUGCAAUCCUGAGAGCCAAUGGUUCAAAGUUAUAUUAAGCAGUAGAGGUAUACCAGGUGAGACCGCCUCCAUUUUGCAGCUGCCGUCGCUUGGACCCUGGCCUGCAGCAUCAAGUUGAUUGAUGGUAGUAAUUUGGAAACAGCACGUUUGGAUCUAUUCAAGGAUGAUCGGACAAAGUUUUUCAAUCUAAUUGCAUUGGACGACUGUAAUAUUACGAUCUAGGACAUUAUGCAGCAAGAUAUCUGCAAGUUCCCUUACACCAUUGUGUAUAAUGUAUCGCAAU